ACAGCGCGGUUUGUAAUGUGUUCGGUACAACGUGCAUAAUGCCGUCUCUGUACAAACCCCCUGAUUUACCUAGGAUUGUAGAGAACAUAAAAUUUCAGCUGUGCAAUGAAGGUGACUUAAAAAGAUUAAGUCACGUUCAGGUUCUAAAGUGUCUUCUCUAUGCGGAAGGGCAAAGCAAUAGACGAGCCUUAGAUUACGGCCUUUUAGAUCCAAGACUUGGUGCAAACAAGAGAGAUGAGCUGUGCGCUACUUGUGGCUUGGACUAUCAAACAUGUAUUGGUCAUUGGGGGUACUUCGAUUUACCGACGCCAAUUUAUCAUGUGGGAUAUACUUGGCAUAUAGUAAAAAUACUACAGACUAUCUGCAAAACUUGCUCACGUGUUCUCCUCUCUGAGCAACAACGUACCAGGUUUUUGAUUAGUUGUUCUAACCCAAGUUUGGACUACGUACAUAAAAAACAACUCAGAAAGGCGAUACACAAAUUGUCUAGCAGGAUACAUGUCUGCCCGUUCUGCUCAGCGCUUAAUGGUGUUGUUACGAAAGGUACGAGUCUUUCGUACGUCGUUCAUGAUAUAUUUCGACAUGCAAAAGCAAAAGUCGAUGAUUAUGUAAAUGAUUUCGCAAAAGUAAUCACAGAAAAUACGGAGUUAGCGCCAGUUGUUCGUAAAGGUUUGGAGAUUAUACGACCCGGAAAGGCUCUGCAAUUGUUUUCUAAAAUUCCAGAAGAAGAUUUGCCAUUACUCCUCAUGCCUUCUGAUUCUCAAUGGAUGACUCACCCACGAAACUUAAUUGUUCAGAGAGUACCUGUCUGCCCAAGUGCUAUCAGACCAUCAGUUGUUUCCGAAGUCCGUAGUGGAACUAAUGAAGAUGAUCUUACUCAAAUGUAUCAAUGGAUAUUAGCUCAGGCAGCAACAAUUGAAGAAGAUAUCGGGGAGGCGGAUCAAAUCGCGUGCCUAGAUAACUUACACGCUGAAUUUGCACGGCUAAUUAAUUCACAACAAUCAGGUUUGCCUCCUGUUCAAGAUCAUAAGUUUAUGCGUGGUUUACUUCAAAGGCUAGCUGGUAAACAUGGUCGAUUUCGUGGUAGCCUAUUGGGUAAACGAACGAAUUUUACCGCCAGAACUGUUAUUUCACCAGAUCCAAAUAUGCGAAUUGAUGAGGUAUGUAUUCCAGUUCAUUGUGCAAAAUUGCUAACAUAUCCUGAACGUGUGACUGAUUUCAAUCUGAAUUUUCUCCGAUCUCUUGUACUAAAUGGACCAAAUAACUAUCCUGGAGCUAUGUUUGUUAGUUAUAAACUACGUGGUGAGAGGAAACGUCAAGCCGAAGCAUCUGGUACUUCUGAUGUAGUAAAACGUUUCUUGGCAUCUGAACGUGCACGUGAAGAUGUGGCAAAAUAUUUACAAUCAGGUGAUAUAGUUGAAAGACACUUAUUGGAUGAUGAUAUUGUACUAUUUAACCGUCAACCCUCACUACAUCGUGUAUCUAUUCAAGCAUUCAGAGCCGUUGUAAAACCUUUUCGAACUUUUCGCUUCAAUCCAUGCUGUUGUACACCAUUCAAUGCAGAUUUCGAUGGGGAUGAAAUGAAUAUACAUCUUCCACAAACUGAAGCAGCUCGUGCAGAAGCAAAACAUCUUAUGCUGUCUCUCAAGAAUAUUGUUAGCCCUAAAAAUGGUGAACCAUUAAUUUCACCAAUUCAAGACCUAAUCACUGCAACACAUUUGUUGACCUUGAAAGACGUUUUCCUUAAUCGUGAUCAGGCUUGUACUUUAGCCUCUCAACUAUUAGCUGGUAACCAUUUGGGUCGACUUUUAAGUUUACCGAAACCGGCUAUAUUAUGGCCUGUUGCUCUAUGGACUGGUAAACAGAUAUUUGGUCUCAUUCUUUCACCGCAUCCAUCCACUGGAAUUAAGGUUAACCUUCGGGUACCAACAAAGUCUAUGUAUUCAUCGAAAGGUUCAGAAAUGUGUCCAAAUGAUGGUUUUGUUCUCAUUCAAAAUAGUGAGCUCCUUGCGGGAUGUGUAGAUAAAAAGUUACUUGGGGGUGGAAGCAAGUCAAGUAUAUUCUACACAUUACUUCGAGAUUAUGGUAGAGAAGCUUGUGCGGACGCUAUGUGGCGUUUAGGAAGAAUUGCUUUGUUUUUCCUGGCACAUCGAGGUUUUUCUAUCGGACUUGGUGAAGUAAUGCCCAGCUCAGAUCUUGUUGCAUCUAAAACAGCACUGAUUAGUCGUGGAUUUGCCACCUGUGAUGAUUAUAUCAAUCAAUAUCAGAUGAAUACACUAGUCUGUAAUCCAGGAUGUAGUAUGGAGGAUACACUUGAAUCUAAUAUAAGUCAAGAGUUGUCGAAAAUUCGUGACGAAGCAGGAGCAGCUUGUAAACGUCAGCUUCACCCAUCGAACUCACCACUUGUCAUGGCUCAGUCAGGGUCAAAAGGUUCAUUUCUCAACAUAUCUCAAAUGAUUGCUUGUGUUGGCCAACAAGUAAUUGGUGGAAAACGGGUUCCAGAUGUCAUUAAUGGACGCAGUUUAGUUCAUUUCCCUCCAGGUUCACGAACACCUGAAGCAAAAGGUUUUGUUGGAAAUAGCUUUUAUUCAGGUCUUUCACCAUCUGAAUUCUUUUUCCAUGCUAUGAGUGGUCGUGAAGGAUUGACGGAUACUGCUGUAAAAACUGCAGAUACAGGUUAUAUGCAACGAAGACUGGUCAAGUUUCUUGAAGAUUUAGCGGUGGCUUACGAUGAUACUGUACGUGAUAGUCGGGGCGAUAUAAUUCAAUUCCGUUACGGUUCCGAUGGUCUGGAUCCUUUAGAAAUGGAGACAGAUACAUUUCCUGUGAAUUUUAUCAAAGAAAUGGAACAUAUAAGAACUAGUUAUGAUUGCCCUCAUGAAGUUGGAAUGUCUGCUGAAGAGUUAGAACUAGCAGUAGAGGUUGUCUUUCAACUUGACGCAUUUCGACAUUUAGAUAGUCGCUUAUGUUCAGCAAUCAAAGAAUUUAUACACAAUUCAGUUUGUCCGAAAAUUCGUAAAUGGCAAGAAUGGUGUACAGAAAAUGCAAAUGGGUCAAAUUUAAUCAAUCAAAAUGAACGUCUGACUAGAACACAACUACGUAUAUUUUUGACACAUGUUAAAGAGAAAUAUGAGAAAGCUUUAAUUGAACCAGGUACUGCUGUUGGUGCAUUAUGUGGUCAAUCUGUUGGUGAACCAGCUACUCAGAUGACAUUAAAAACAUUUCACUUUGCUGGUGUAGCCAGUAUGAAUAUUACACAAGGUGUCCCACGAAUGCGUGAAAUUGUUAAUGCAGCAGCCAAAAUUAAAACACCAUUAAUUUGUGUUACUUUAACUGAUCCAUUCUCAGCAUCACUAGCGCGUCAAGUUAAAUUGUCUAUUGAACCAACACGACUAGCAGAUAUAUCAUUAUCAUUAAGUCAGUGUUUAACACCAGAAUAUGUAUAUGUUGCUAUUAAAUUAGAUAAAAAAAGAAUGGAUAGACGUGGGAUUACAACACCUCAAGUCGCUACAGCUAUUCAAACAACUAAGUUAAAGAAGACCAAAAUAUCGCGUGUAACCUAUGCAAAAGAUUAUAUAUUCGUAUAUCCAGUGGAUUUGAAUGCAUUGGAAACAGUUGUCAAAUUAGUUGAAGAUGUUAUUGUUAAAGGCAUACCUGGCGUAUCUCGUGUUGUAAUUCAACAGGAUAAAGGUGAACAUAGAAUUUUUGUUGAAGGAGCUCGAUUACGUGAGGUAAUGUGUAUACCAGGCGUCGUAGCUGAACGUACACAAAGUAAUAAUAUUUUAGAAGUGGAACAAGUGUUGGGUGUGGAAGCAGCUCGACGUGUUGUUAUUGAUGAAUUACUAGCCGUUAUGGAAGGUCACGGUGUUGAAGUUAAUGUACGUCAUGUAAUGCUGUUAGCUGAUGUUAUGACUAAUAGGGGUGAAGUAUGCGGUUAUCAGCGAACUGGAAUGGCGAAAGCGAAAAAUAGUGUACUUUGUUUAGCUUCUUUUGAACGAACUGGUGAUCAUUUGUUUGAAGCUGCCUAUCAUUGUCAAGAUGAUCAAUUGACUGGUGUUACGGAAAACAUCAUUCUAGGGAAUCCAACUAGAGUUGGAACUGGAACAUUCGAUCUGCUAAGUGAUAGAUGGGAGAAAAAUUUACAACUUGACAUUAAACCAACAUUGUUGAAUUUUUAAAAUUAACAAAUUCUACUGUUUUUUUUAACAUCGUCGUCAUGAUACAUUUCAAUGUGUAUGUGUAUGUGUACAUAAAAAUGACUUGACUUAUUUCAUUGUACAAAUUUACAUUUCUUAAUCAUCUAUUUAUAUUUUCGUUAUUACUAUGAUAAAGUGUAAAAGAAAAUUAGUUCUCUCUUUCUCUUUACAAUUUUCAUUGAGAUGCAUCAAUUGUCAAUUUCAUUUGUUUUAGAGAAUCAUUAAAUUAAAAUAAACUAUGCUUCUAUCUAUAUUGUAUCAUUUGUUUUAUUUAUAUUAAAUAGCUAUUGAAGCAAUUAAACAGUUAUGUUAUAUCGCUUAUUUUAGCUAAAUGAAUUCUAUCCAUUAAUUCUUCACUGUAACUAACAAACUGAAGUAUUUUGAUAUACUGUCACAUUUUAUUAAAAAGUAUUUAUUACUAGUUUAAUUUAAGAGAUUUAUGAUUGUAAAUUUUACUGUUUACAUAGUUGUAUCAAGUUACUAUAUUGGCUUAGAAUGGGAGAAUGUAACAAUAAUUUGGAAAAUAAACCAAUUUAACACCUAAAAUUACAGGGAUACUAAAAAGGAUUUUCUUCUUGUUUUUGUAAAUACUUAUUGUGAUAUGAUUGAUAAUAUUGGAUUUAGAAUUGAAUAUCAUUAAGAAAUAUUUUUCAUCGAAAAACAUUUCUACUGAU